AUGACUCACUUACAGGCAGGGCUCUCCCCUGAGACUCUGGAGAAAGCCCGGCUGGAGCUGAACGAGAACCCCGACACCUUGCACCAGGACAUCCAGGAGGUGCGGGACAUGGUCAUCACCCGGCCGGACAUCGGCUUCCUCCGCACCGAUGAUGCCUUCAUCCUACGGUUCCUGCGGGCCAGGAAGUUUCAACACUUCGAGGCGUUUCGCCUCCUGGCCCAAUACUUUGAGUACCGCCAGCAGAACCUGGACAUGUUCAAGAGCUUCAAGGCCACCGACCCGGGCAUCAAACAGGCGCUGAAGGAUGGUUUCCCUGGCGGGCUAGCCAACCUGGACCACUAUGGCAGGAAGAUCCUCGUCCUUUUUGCUGCCAACUGGGACCAGAGCAGGUACACAUUGGUGGAUAUUUUGCGCGCCAUACUUCUUUCUUUAGAAGCCAUGAUAGAAGACCCUGAGCUUCAAGUGAAUGGAUUUGUUUUGAUCAUAGACUGGAGCAACUUCACCUUCAAGCAGGCCUCCAAGCUCACACCAAGUAUGCUUAGGUUAGCCAUAGAGGGCCUUCAGGACAGUUUUCCAGCUCGCUUUGGAGGAAUACAUUUUGUCAAUCAACCAUGGUAUAUUCAUGCCCUCUACACAGUUAUACGGCCCUUUUUAAAGGAGAAGACACGAAAAAGGAUAUUCCUUCAUGGUAAUAACCUCAACAGUCUACAUCAGCUGAUACAUCCUGAGAUCCUGCCUUCAGAGUUUGGAGGAAUGUUGCCCCCAUAUGACAUGGGAACAUGGGCAAGAACACUGCUAGACCACGAGUAUGAUGAUGACAGUGAAUGCAAUGCGGACUCCUACAAUGCUCCAGCAAAAGAUAUAGAAAAGGACCUCUCUCCUAAGUCCAUGAAGAGGUCUCAGUCAGUGGUGGAUCCUGGGGUGCUAAAACGCAUGGAUAAGAAUGAAGAAGAAAACAUGCAGCCUUUGCUUUCCCUUGACUAA